AUGUAUUAUGCUGAUGAUACAAAUUAAUAUGUUAUGAAAUGGGAUGUCUUUCCAAUUUUAGCUUUUAUAUUUUCCUGGUUUACAAAUGCUGCUCAGCUGAGUUAUGAAGAAAUGUUGUACAGAAAAUACAUGUUAAAUCCAGCCUAAGUUUCUGGGUAUGAAGGAAUGUUUGGAAUUAUUUUUGCUCUUAUUGGAAGUUUAGUUUGGACUUAUAUUCAUAAUUAAUAUUUUUAAGAAGAUUUUUAUUCAUUUGUGAGUUAAGUCUUCUCAUUCAAAAACCCUGCUAUAUUCUUUUUAGUUUUGGUAGUAGUUUUAAUAAAUAUUUUUUCAAGCUGUGUUAAUUAGAUCAUCAUAAAAUAGAUGUCUGCACUAACCAGAGCUAUUUCAGACUCUAAUUCUUUUAUUUUAGGAUUGUUACUCUUUAUGAUGGCUGGUUAUUAUUCAUUUAUAUGGUAAUAUCUAUUAGGUUAUGUCAUUUCUAUAUUAGGUACAAUCAUAUUUUGUGAAAUCUUAGUUCUACCAUGGUUUGGAUUCAAUAAGAAUCGAGGACAUGAUUUUGUAGCUCCUAAACUAAAUCUUUAUUAUUUUCAAUAAACGUAUCCUUAAUAAUAUUAAGCAAACAUUCCGAUUCAGUUUUAGUACAAUUAUAACGGAUAUAAUAACCAAGUGGUUAAUUUGGAAAAUAACCAAUAAAAUCAAUUCUUAAAUCAACCUUUAUUAGCAGAGAUAAAUAUUUCACCUAACUAAUAUUCAUAAAGACCUUCAAAUGUCUUAAAUAAUAACAAUAAUUAUAAUCAAAGUAAAUAAGAUAAUAUAACAGGACCCUAAAAUUACCAAUUUAGACCUUCAAAUAUUUCUAGCUAAGAUAAUUAAAGCCAAAAUAGACAAUAUACCCUACAUUAAAAUCUAAUUGCUUAGCCAAACAACUUUAGUUAAAAUUAGUUGAAUUUUUAAACCACAAAAGAAGUAUUAAAGGAAAUAUUAUCUAUGUAAUUUGAAAAUUUGACAUAAAUUAAAUAAAUAAUUGCAUUAAUUCAGGAUAUUCAAGCCAAAACUCCUUUAUAAGACCAUAGCACCAAAAAUGAAAUAGCUAAAAUUUUGAAAAAAAUUGCAAGUUAAUUGACAAAUGACUACUUAAAUACCAUAAAAAUGAGAAUGUUAAAAUUGGUCUAAGAAGAUUAGUAUGCGAAUGUUUAUAAAAUAAAUGAAAUGAGAUAUAUUUCAGAAAGAUUAUCUUUCUUAGUUGAUAAUAAUAAUAGUAAUAUAACAAUAAAAUCCAUAAACGAAAUAAUAGCAUGGAUUGAGGAUAAUCAUUAGCCCACUGAAUUUACACAAACUCUCUAAAACAUUUAAGCAAUAAACUAGUUAUUUUUGAGUGAAUAUUAGAGAAAUUAGGAAAUUAGAUCAAAUUGGAUAGAUUAAUAUGAAGCAAUCUAAUAAAAAUUGAAAUCUAAUAAUAGCCAAGAAUAGUAAUUUGAACAGUCAAAUACGACUAACUAAAAUACCUUAAACCAAAACGAACAACAAAAAUUAAAUUAAAAUUUAAUUAAUUAAGCUUACUAGCUUAAUUAAAAUAAGUAAUAUUUAAAUAUAACAAAAGAAGUAUUAAAAGAAAUUUUAUCGACAGAAUUUGAAAACUUGACAUAAGUUAAACAAAUCAUAGUUUUAAUUGAUGAUAUCAAUUCAAAGAUUAAUUAAAAUGAUCAUAGUCACAAAUCAAAAAUAGGUAAAAUUUCUAAUAAAAUUGCUUCUGUGUUGAUAAAAAACUAUUCAAAUAUCAUCAAAAUAAAAAUUGUAAAAUUAAUUUUGGAUGAUUAAUUUAUGAAUAUUUCUAGAAUAAAUGAAAUGAGGUAUAUUUAAGACAGACUAUAUUUCCUUGUUAUCAACAAUAAUAUUGAUACUAAAUGUCUUAGCGAAAUUAUCAUCUGGAUUGAGAACAAUCUUUAACCCAACGAAUUAACACAAGUUACCGAAAACUUGUAACAAAUUAAUGAAUAAUUUUUGAAUGAAUAAAAGAGAGAUUUUUAGUAAUCUGUAUCAAAUUGGAAUGAAUAAUACCAAGUAAUACUAUAAAAACUGAAUUCUAGCUGA